AUGGCAUCACCUAACACCACUCCCAGAAUCGUCGAGUUAGCUGCUCAGAUAAGCACUUCCGUCGCCGAAUUGCAAGAGCGUUUAUCAGCCCAGGGGGUGCCAUCCCCAUCCUUUGCCGAGGACAAUCCCGAAUUCCUCCCCGCUAAUGUGGCCCAUCUUCAGGAUGCUGUUCUUGACGCAACUGCUGAACUCAAUGAAUUGCUCAUGGAUCCUCUGACGCUGAUCUUCAAAUUUGGUGCUAUCUCCAACCUGGUCAGCAUUGACACAAUCUGCCGAUUCCAUAUUGCGGAUAUGAUACCUGCUGGUGGCCAGGUCUCCUUUGGAGAAAUUGCUGAAAAAACAGGUCUGGAUAAACUGCUUGUUAGACGCCUACUUAGGCAUGCGAUGGCUAUGCGCAUCCUGAGAGAACCAGAGCCUGGCAUGGUGGCACAUACGAAGGUCUCCCAAUUCUUGACCAUUCCGUAUAUCAAUGCCUGGGUUAACUUUGAAAACAAGGAUACUUGGCCAGCCUGUACUAGGAUUGUAGACGCGAUACAGAAAUGGCCAUCGUCCGAAGAACCCAACCAGACGGGCUUCUGUCUUGCCAACAACACCGACAAGUCGGUCUACGAGGUCCUCGGCACGGACCCUACGCGGGCGAUGCGCUUUGCAUCUUUGAUAGGUCAAGCGGCCAUAGAGCUGGCGAAUCACUUUGGGAAUGUUAAGCUACUUGUCCAAGACGCGGCGAUGAUGAUCGCAGGCGCAGAAACAGAUGUUCCCGAACAGCUGAAAGGACACGUCGAGUUUAUGAAACAUGAGCUUUUCGAUCCGCAGACGGUACAGGCAGAUAUCUAUUUCUUCCGCAUGGUCUUCCGCAACUGGGGCGACAAAUACGCUCUCCAAAUCUUGAAAGCACAGAUUCCGGCCCUCCGACCCGGGGCAAAGAUCCUCAUUCAGGAUGUAUGCAUGCCAGAGCCAGACACUAUUCCAUUGUGGAGAGAGCGAAUUCAAAGGUCGGUGGAUUUGAGUCUGAAAUGCUACUUCAAUGGUCGCGAAAGAUAUCUGGACGAAUGGAAAGCUCUACUCGCAGCGGCAGAUAAACGAUUCGUCCUUCACCGGGUGUUUGAGCCCAAGGGAUCUUUGUUGGGGAUCUUGGAGAUUCGCUGGGACGUUUCUGGUACUGCAGAGGCCUGA